UCAUUACAUGAGUCGCUUUGUCUACGGUCAGUCCGUCACUAAAAUUGUCUCACUCUUGUUUUUUCUGCUACUGUUUUGGAACUCGUCUUUCAAUCGCCAACAAUUGAUGUCAAUUCUCACUUUAAUUUUUGUACGGUAGUUUCCCUGUGAAUAUGAUUUUGACACGAACUUUACUAUUGGCAGUAAAAAUUAAAAAUAACUAGCCUAUUGCUCAGGUUGUGCAAUGUUUACAUAGUUGGAUAUUAACGUUGCAUAAUAUUGUAACUAAUUUGGAAACUUAAAUCGUGGCCCUGGAACAACAUAAUAACCUUUCUUAUUGAAGCCAACACAGCUGUUAUUUCAUGAGUAAAAUUCAGUUAUAUAAUUUAUUAACAAAUAAAAAAGUGGUCUUGUUUAUAAUGAAACAUGAAAAUGGUCCCUGAAAAAGUACAGAUCUCUUUGAUGAAGAAAAUGGAAACCUUACUAAAUCAAGGUCAGGAUGUAAACGCCCAAGAUGAAUACGGAAGAACACUUCUGGACAAAGCAGUUUGGAGGAGUUCAGAGCCUGCAGUUGAUCUACUGCUGGAGAGGGGAGCAGACGUUAAUAUAGUAAACAACAGAAGAAGAUCUCCUUUACAUUUGGCUGUCUAUAGAAACAAUGCAACUAUUUUUGAAAAAUUAUUUGAGAAAGGGGGCAAUCUAAAUCUACUAAAUCAUGAAGGGAAAUCUCCUCUUGAUUUAAUAAUUAAAAGAAGAUGUUUAAAAAUGAUUGAAACUCUUAUAGACAAAGGAUUUUAUUUGGAAAAUGAAGUGCAUGAUUUUCCACCACUCCAUCAUUUUGUUUACAUACAUUUUGUAUCGGGUGUGGAGUUAUUGUUAAAGAAAGGAGCAGAUUUGAACUACAAAGACAAACAAGGUAGAAGUCCUCUUCAUAUCGCCAUUUGCAGACAGUACAUUGAUAUUACACAAAUGCUUCUCAACAAAGGUGCAAUGGUGGAUAUCAGGAAUAAUGAAGGUGAGACACCUCUUCACUCUGCUAUUAAAAGAGACUUUAAAGCUGGUGUUGAGUUAUUACUUAGGCAAGGUGCUAACGUGAACUUAAAGUGUGACGAAACUACACCACUUCACCUGGCUGCUAUAAAUAUGAAUGAAGGUAUAUUUGAUACAUUGUUAAAUCAUGGUGCCAAUAUAAAUGAGAGAGACGGGGAAGGUAAUACAGUUUUACACACUGCAGUAAGAGUAAAUUUUUUUUAUGGUGUUAAAACAAGUUUAGCAAAAUAUGCCAAAGUAAAUGAGAAAAACUGUGAUGGCCAAACACCUCUUCAUCUUGCUAAGUCAAAGAAGAUAUGUGAGAUAUUGCUGGAUAAUGGAGCUUUACUGGAGGUAAGAGACUGCAAAUAUGGGGCUACACCUUUCCUCAGAGCUGUCCAAUGUGACAUAUGUACUGUUAACUUACUGUUGGAAAGAGGAGCAGAAGUUAAUACGAAAAAUUAUAGAAGAGAGACUGCCCUUCAUAUGGUGGUGAAUGAUUUAGAAAAAGUAAAAACUAUAUUAGAUCAUGGUGGGAAAGUAAAUAUAAAAGACAAUGAAGGAGACACUCCUCUCCAUGUAUUCAUUUCUCAGCGGUUUUAUUCUAAAUGUAUUGAGCUCCUACUUAAAAGGCAAGCAGGUGUAAACAUAAAGAACAAUGCAGGUCUUACUCCUCUACAUAUGGCAGUGUUGGGCCGAACAUCAUCUGUAAUUGACUUGUUGUUAGAUAAUGGUGCCGACGUUUUCCUAAAAAAUAAGGAAAACAUGUCACCACUUCACCUUGCACUCUACAAUUGUGGAGAAGAGUUUGGUUCAGAAGUAAGUGUUAUGUUGGACAUGGGAACUAUGUUGAACUUUAAGGACAGAGACACAAACAGUCCUCUUCACUUUGCUGUUUCAAAUGGGGAUUAUGAUCUGGUCAAAGCAUUGAUAGAUAAUGGAGCUUGUUUGAACUCAAAAAACAGCAAAUGUCACAGUCCUCUCCAUAUUGCUGUUUCAAGAUCAUUUCAACCAAUAGUUCAACUACUGUUAGAGAAAGAAGCAAGUGUGAAUGACAGGGAUGUUGAAAACAGAACCCCCCUUCAUUUGGCUGUCUUAGCAAACAAUAAGACUUUGGUUGAAGCAUUAAUUAAUAAUGGGGCAGAUGUAAAUAAUAAGGACAAUCGAGGAAGUACCCCUCUCCAUUAUGCAAUUUUAAUGAAAAAUGUUGAAGUAACAGAAAUUCUUUUACUACAUCGAUCAAAUGUAAACCUUAGAGAUAAGUGGUACAGAACACCACUUCAUUUAGCAAUAUUGUACAAUUUUAUUGCUGGAGUUGAUCCUUUACUUACCUAUGGAGCCAAAGUAAAUUUGAGGGACAAGAGAAGAAACACAUCUCUCCAUUAUGCAGCUAAGUGUGGAUCAGAGUCAUUGUCAAGAAAACUCUUAGAGAGAGGAGCUUUAGUUGAUAUUCAAGACUCAAAAGGAAGAACUCCUCUCCACGUGGUUAUUCAAUACUGUAUGUGGACAGGAGAUGACUGUGCUAAAGUAUUGCUUGAUUAUGGGGCUACCAUGGAUAUAAAAGAUUAUAGAGGGAAAACACCACUAGAUUAUGGGGAGAAUUGUAUUAAUCUUCCAAAUAUUUUUUCAGAAUUUAUCAUCAAAGCUGAAUGUGCUAAUUUAGAACUAUAUUUGAAUAAAGAAGUUGUGUCAGACCUCCUAAAAUCUUAUGAUAGACCACUUGAUUCAUUUCAAACCACGUGCUUAACAGAACUGAAGCACAUGAAAACAAAGAAAAUUGGUAGCAAUAAUCUCUAUGAUGUGUUUUCCCAAUACAGGGAUCCUAAAUUUGUUAUGAAACAAUCCAUGGAAGAAGCGAUAUAUUCUUCUAAUUUGGAUUUAGAGUUUCCAUUGUAUGCUCAGCUUUUGAGAGUAACAUUUGAGAGAGCAAAAGCUAGGCGUAAACUGUUAGAUUUAGCAGUAGAAAAUGUGAGUGCUAAAAUUGAUAUAACAUUGCCAAAUGAGGUGAAAAGGCAUAUUAUGUCUUAUUUAAGUGACCGAGAAUUGAAAACUUUAUUGUACAAAUAAGUGCAUGUUAAAAAUUCAUAUAACUACAUGCUAUUGUGGAAAAAUGCUGAAAAUUUUAAAAUUCUUUGUAUAGCAAGUAACUUUUGGACUACUUCUUAAAAAUUAAACAGUGUCUUAACAUAUUAACAAGAAUGGCACAACAACUGAAAAGUACAAUGUACCUUUGAAAUUCUACAGAAUAUGAGAUAUCCACGAGGAGUGUUGCUGCCAACACCGGUAGAAGGUGUUGCAGGGAGGGAAGUCAUUGAAACUGUGGAAGGGAUCAGAACUAGGAAGCACUUCCGAAAUUUGCCGAAAGGACCUGCAGUCAAUAGCUUAAGGCUCGUAACAACAAACACAUGCACCGGCGCAACAUCUAGCUUAAAGAUGGCUAGAUCUGUAAGGACUUGUUACCACUGCUUCUUUUGAUAUUGAUACUCAGUGUUACUGAGUACAAAUACUGGUUACAAAUACUUCUUUAGGUGCUAAUUUACCGAAUACCAGUUUCUGAUAAGGAGACUCAGUAUUUACAUACUGCUAAUAUUUUAAAUAUUGUGUAUUUAAUUAGUAAACAAUUUAGAAAGACUUUGGUGUAACUAAAAUAUUCUGAAGGACAAAUACCUUUUUGUAAAUCCUAUAUAAACAAUAUUAAUUACUAUGAUCAUGAAUUUUUAAGUUAUUUCAGAUGUAGUUAAUUGUAAUACAAUUUACUGCUUCUUUAAACACAUUUAUAUGAGCACACUAGGCAUAUAAUAAUAAUAUUCUAUUCUCUAAGUAAUUUUAGUUUUCUUUGGUGUAUUUUUGGUAUGUUAACACAAUUUUGUAUCAUAAAAGAACGGAAAACUCCUACUUGAAGUAAAAUUUUAACAAAUCGUUAAAUUUUAGACAACUAAAGAGUUUAAACACAAUAUUUAUCAUACAUUAUUAUUAAAAAAUUUUGCAUGUCAUUUAAAAAUAUUUAUAAUGUCUAUAAUUUCAUAUUUUAUAUAUGAUCAUAUAAAUUAAAUUAUGUAAACAAAAUAUUUGUAAUAGUUCAAAAAUGAGCUUGCAAUAUGGCAGAUUC